AUGCCCGGUAUGAACCUCCUGGCGCCUCAAUACCCGGCGGCAUUGACGGCGGAGGCACCGAGUCCGGGGGCCAGACGUCCGGCGACGUCGGCGGCACAGCGUCUGGCUGCGGGGGAAGAGGAACAUCCGGCCCCGGAGGCGGCGGUAUCGGUGGGCCAGGGAAUUCAGGCCCCGGCAAAGUAUCCGGCGGCGGCGGAAUUGGAAUAUCCAACCCCGGAUGCUGAGGUAUCGGCGGUACGGGAAACUCCGGCCCCGGUCCCAUCCCCGGCAAGGAUGGCAGAGGAUCAAAUGUUAUCUCCUCCGGUGCGUUGGGAUCAAACUCCGGCGAAGCGGGGAAUCCCGGUACCUCCCGCGGAACGGAGGGUUCGUAUUCGGGAACAGAGGGGAACUCCGUCCUUAAUUCAGAUGGGUCACGGCAGGCUAGCGGUUGCCCCCCGGAGAGGAAGACGGGGUUCGGGUUUUGCCGGCGGCCAUGGCUGUUGUUUGUACAGAUUGGGUGAUGAGAAGAAAGGAGAAGAUCUCUUGAUGAGGUGGGAUGAGAACGCAGAGAUGCCGGACAUUGUUGCCGCUGGGAUCGAUCUGAAAGUGAAGUUGGGAAUAGCAGAGAAAGUGGUCGUGAAGUGGUAA